GGUGACAAGUUGAGAGGUCGCGUUAGCAGGCGGCUUUACUUUUGCUGCAGUCAUAGUAAGUAAAGGGACUCAACGAAAGCUACGUUGUCGUGGGCCCGUGUUUGGCUCGGUUUAUAUCUUGCAAGAAACAAACCCGCUGUUUCAUCAAGCGUCAGCUUUGAGGACCAGUAACGCAGUUGUUGUUAAGCUUUGCUAGUUACCCAACGUUAGCAGGCAGCUAGCAGGCUUGCUAGGCUGCUAUGUCGCAGGCAAGUGCUUGGAUUUAUCUGAGCUAACAGAACUAGCUCACCUAAGACCAACUUUAAUACUGGAGGAAAACACGAAAGAUGGCUGUGUCGGUGCGGGGCCUGUAUUUCGUCGUGACCCUGUUUCUGGGGAGUUUCUUUGGAAGUGUCUUUAUGCUGGGUCCAGUUUUGCCCCUCAUGCUGCUGUCUCCUGCUUGGUACCGUUGGAUUACCGAUCGCAUCGUCGCUACCUGGCUCACCCUGCCUGUGUCCUUGCUGGAGCUGGUCUUUGGGGUCAAGGUGGUGAUAACAGGUGAUGGCUUCAUUCCGGGGGAGCGAAGUGUGAUCAUCAUGAACCACCGCACCCGCCUGGACUGGAUGUUCCUGUGGUGUUGUUUGCUCAGGUACAGCUACCUUCGUCUGGAGAAGAUCUGCCUAAAGGCUGCCCUGAAGGCUGUUCCUGGUUUUGGCUGGGCAAUGCAGGUGGCCUGCUUCAUCUUUAUUCAGCGUCGUUGGGACGCGGACAAGAAGCACAUGGAGAACAUGCUGGACUACUUCUGUGACAUCAGAGAGCCCCUACAGCUGCUGCUGUUUCCAGAGGGCACAGACCUCACCGAAAAUACACGGACAAAGAGCGAUGUGUUUGCCGCCCAGAACAGUCUGCCCAAAUUCGAGUAUGUGCUGCAUCCACGCACCACUGGAUUCACCUUCAUUGUGGACAGACUACGAAAAGGAGACAACCUGGAUGCCGUCCAUGAUAUUACAGUAGCAUACCCCAAGAACAUCCCUCAGACAGAACGCCACCUCAUCCUGGGGCUUUUCCCCCGUGAGAUCCACUUCCACGUCCGCCGCUACCCAGUGGCUUGCCUGCCCACCUCUUCCUCUGACCUAGAGUCUUGGUGUCGAGACCGCUGGGCUGAGAAGGAGGUCCGUCUGCGGGACUUCUACUCAGGCCAACCCCGGGCCUUUGAUAGGGAUGGUGUCGCACGUGUGCCACCAUGUAAGACGGAGCUGCGAGUGACUCUGAUCAAAGCCGCCUCACUGCUGUACUGGAGCAGCUUCAUUGCUCUGUGCUUCACUGGCCUGUGGCUGUGGGCUCCAUUCAGGCUCUACUUCCUGGUCUUGGUUGGAGUGUAUAUGGCCCAGCAGAAGCUGAUUGGAGGGCUGGAGCUGCUGGAGUUGUCCUGCCAUCGAUACUGGAAGUCCAUGGCUGCCGAUGUUGGCGAGAAGAAAAAGGUGCUGGAGGAGAAAAUGCAGUGAGGACGUAAAACUUGGUUGACUGGACAAUGACAUGUUUCCACGUGUGCUCAGCAAGGACACUGAGGACUCAGUGGUCUUGGCCUGUUCAGUCAGGAGGGCUAGAGGAUCCCCUUGAGGGACCCAAUCCUUCAUGCCUUAGAAAGGGAGUAAUGAGUUCACCUCCUGACAGUAUGCAUGGCUUCAGUGGAGAGAGCUUACCUUUCUUUUGAAGAAGAAAAAGAGGAAUGUUAUGUACAUUUAUCUGUGUUGGAGUCAAGGAAUUCAUCCCACAUAAUGUGUCACUUGCCCCUUGUAUGUCUCCCCUUGGAUAAUCACUGUUUCUAGCUUGCUGUCAGUGCAUUUUCUCUGUUUAUGUUGUUAGUGUUUAUUAUGGUUGUUUGUUCAGAACCUCAGUGCAGAAAUGUGUCACGAAACAAUGCUGUUUAGUAUUUGCUAUACAGUUGCCAUGUCUUUGAAACUGGUUUUAUUGUAUGUGUUGCCCUUGGUUUUCUAUUGGUGUCAUAAGUUAUGGAGCAGAGCCAUAGUACAGACCACCUGUACAUAUGAUGACUUGACUCUAACCAAUAUUCAAAUCAGCACUGUAGUUAGCUGGAUUACACUGAUGGGACUAAUUAAAUGAAUCAGUUUCCAUUCAUAGUCUCUAGUCUAGCAAGGAAAGAAAAGGACCGAUGUAAUUCAAAGAGAAUCGUUAUGGAAUAUACAGGUAUAUAUGUGUACCAUUGUUUACCUUUUAUUGGGUAUAAUUACCCUUUUAUACAAAUUGGGGAAUGAACCUUUCCCAGCUAGUUGUUAGAGAUAACUUCUUCUGUGAUGAUGUUUAUUAUCGUAUAGGUCUUGAAACAUAAACUAUGUUAUUCUGCUUGUUUCCUCAAGUAGCUUUUUGCACAUAAAAGCCAAAGGUGUGAAAAGCAGACGUAAUUUUAAAAAGUAACCAAACAGAAUGUAGGCUGUCUUGUCCAGAGAGGGUAGCUUCACCCACCACUGGCAAGGUUGCCCGCAGCUACUCUGAGGUAACACUUGUGAUCGUCAACUCACCAAGAUCAAAGUUCUGACUGAGAUCUUACAAGUGUAGAGGCAGAUGAGCUUUGUGCCCUUUCAGGGAAUGGAGGGAUGCCUUGUAGAGGCAGGAUGUGGGUGGUGCUGGGGUGGAAGAAUGUCCUGUUGGGACAACAUUACCCCUCGUUGUGCAGGGUGGCACAGAGGACCAGACUUGGAGUGGAAAACUGGCCCUGAACUCGACCUAAUCCAAAAAAGCCCUGUAAUGCCCACCUCUGCCUGUGUCCCUCUCUAGAGGACUGGCAUUGAUGCGCCUGCUAAACUCAAUUAGCAAAUGACAGCUGAGAAAGCUACUCCAAUUGUGCCAAAAAAGGACAGAAAUUGAAACAAGAUUGGAGUGGUGCUUCAACCACGCUUUUAGCCACUGACUCACCUUGCCACUCAAUACCAUUUGAAACCAUGUUAAUUCUGGGAGUCAGGAAACUUUUGUGUCUCAGACAGUCUGUAGCAGUUUCUGUAACACUGUGCAAUGUGUGCUCUAGGUGACCACUUCAACCCGUCUUUCCCGGUCGACCGCACAAUAGGAAGUUGACCGAAACGUCUUUUUUUUUUCUUUUCUUUGUUUGUCUUUGUUUAUAUGAAUCUGAAGCUCCUGUAGUCAAAAGUGUAAAGGGGCCCUUUCCGGUCACUGUGAUCUAGCUGUGUUACAAUUUUAUCAUCAGCAUGUAGUAAUUUACCAAACAUGGUACUCCAUCAGUUUCCACAACCCUGAACCAGCUACAAUCUCCACAUGUUACUCUUUCACUUGUGCUGUUUUCUGUUGCCCAUUUUACAAUCACUUUUUGAUGCUGGACCUCUUUAAACUGUCACUGUCCUCAGGUAAACACAGUGGGCACUGUUCGAGUCAGGCUCUUAAAGGAGGAAAUCUAUAAAUAAAUAUACUAUA